CUUAAUUUGGUCCACAUUUCUGCUUAAAUUCAAUAAAUUGAGAACACAUCAAUACUAUGCUUAAACAAAACAACAGAGAAGAAGAAGAAAGCCAACCCAGCAAGUCAUUCAAAUUCAACCCUCCCCAAUCUCCUAACUUAUAUCCCUUUCCCUUCCCUUCCCUUCACUUAUAACUUUCCCUUUUUUGUGACAUUUGACAUGCAAUCCAUUCAUUUUUUUUCAUCAAUCAUCAAUCAUUUCUGUGAUUAAAAAUCAUAUCUUGCUAUUCAAAGUCAUCAUCUUUAUUUUGUUUCUUUUGAUAUAUAAAAAAGAAAGCUCUAUUUGUACUUUUUUUUGUGAAGAUCUGGUUGGUGGUGGAGACAUGGGGAGAUUAUUUGUGGUGAAUCUUGAAGGGAAGGUUUAUAGCUGCAAACACUGCAAAACCCAUCUUGCUCUUUGCGAAGAUAUUGUUUCCAAGUCCUUCCAUUGCCGCCAUGGGAAAGCAUAUCUCUUCAGUAAGGUAGUGAAUGUUACUACCGGAGAAAAGGAAGAUAGACUGAUGAUGACGGGGUUGCACACCGUGGCGGACAUCUUUUGUGUCGGAUGCGGAUCAAUAGUGGGGUGGAAAUAUGAAAUGGCUCAUGAGAAGAGUCAGAAGUACAAGGAAGGAAAAUCGGUCCUCGAACGGUUUAAGGUAUCCGGUCCGGACGGAAGCAAUUACUGGAUCAGCCAUGGAAGACAUGUGGGUGGGAGUGAUGCAGAUGAUGUUUGAUCAAAACAAUAAAAAAUGGUCAAAUUUCCAAAUUGUACAUUCUUUAAAUCCCUUAAAAUCCUCAUUCAGUUCAUGUCAACCCUAAAAAAAACCCAGACAUUCCUAUUUUAACCAACAUGUCCAACUUGCUGUAAGAAAAAAUGAUUUGAAACAUUGAAUUGUUAAUUAUGUUUUAUAAAUUGAAGUUUCAAGGUGUUCAAACAUAUAGCUAAAA